GAGAUAGAGAAAGGCUGGAGCCCCACUGUGGUUCGUUCCUUUGUCUUCUUCUCUCCAAUGGAGAAAGUUGAAAAUGCGAUUCCGACAGCAGCUGCACAAUCGGGCGAAGAUUCCGCCGGCAUGGCGGCGGAAACGGCUCACCACCUGACGCCGCCACCGGGGCUGACUGACGACGAGUUCGAAGAUCUGAAACCCGCCGUCUCUGAGUUCCACAACUAUCAGGUCAACUCCGGCCAAUGCUCCUCCCUGCUCGCGCAGAUCGUCCACGCGCCGAUGGACACCGUCUGGUCCAUCCUCCGCCGCUUCGACAAGCCGAAGACAUACAAGCACUUCAUCAAGAGCUGCAGCGUCCGAGACGGCUUCAGCCUCAAGGUCGGCGAUCUGAGAGAUGUUAACGUCAUCUCCGGAUUGCCAGCAGCCACCAGCACGGAGAGGCUCGACGUGCUCGACGACGAGCGGCGCGUGACUGGAUUCAGCAUCAUCGGCGGCGACCACAGGCUUCGGAAUUACCGCUCCGUCACCACCGUGCAUCAAGUCCACCGCGCUGAGAUCGGGAUCGUAACCGUCGUUCUGGAGUCGUAUGUGGUGGAUGUGCCGGAGGGCAACACGGAGGAGGACACGCGCCUCUUCGCGGACACUGUUGUCAAACUGAAUCUACAGAAACUCGCCUCCGUCGCCGAAUCCAUGGCUUGUGGAUAACAGGUAACCGUUAUUCAGUUUCCGAUUUCCAAAAUAAGGCGAAAAAUCAUCUCAAAAAACUUGUAGAAACAUCGAUUUCAGUUUCUCCUUGGAAUUUUACUUUUUCUGGAUUGUUGGUUGGGGUGGGGAAUGGCCAUGGGUGCCCUGGUGGUGUAUUCCGAUGCUGUGAGAUAUUGUUUCCACUUCCAUUUUCUCAUAUUCCAAAAACAAAAACAAAAGGUUUAGAUGCUGAUAUUGACGCUUCAAAACGGCGAGCAACGAUUUUUUGCAGCGUCAACAUCAAUGCUGUUUUUCAAUAAGCACGAUCCAAUUUCCCCUUUCUCUGAUUGGUAAAUCGAGGCAGUGCUGUUCUCACACCUUCUGAAGAAGAAGAAGAAGAGGUUUGAGAGUGAAAAGUUCCACAGAAAGGUGAGUGUGCAUUUAUCAAAUGUGUGAACUGUACAUAACUGUAUACUAUUUUGCACAAUGACACCAUUUCUCCCCUGAAUUGAAAUUUCUGGUAGAAAUGCAAAGUUCAGUUUGUGCCACA